CUUAUAAUUGUCAUCUUUCUGCCAAACAAAGCUAUAUUCCGUCUGCUAUUGCUAUUGUGUGAUUUGAUUUUGUUUUUCUAAAUUUAUGAACGUAUUGGAAAGGCAGUGUUAAUAUUUUAGCAAUUUGAAGUAGACUAAUCCCAAAAAGAUAUCAAUAUGGCAUCUACAAGUGCCGAUUCGCAGUCGUCCAUCGCACAGAAGACAUGGGUUAUGUCGAACAACAUCGAAACUGUAUCCAGUGUGGACGAAAUCUAUCGCUAUGAUAAAAAACAACAACAGGACAUACUUGCAGCGAAGCCUUGGGAGAAAGACCCGCAUUUCUUCAAAGAUAUUAAGAUCUCAGCUCUAGCUCUUCUCAAGAUGGUGAUGCAUGCUCGUUCUGGAGGAACUUUAGAAGUUAUGGGAUUACUUUUAGGUAAGGUAGAUGCAAAUACAAUGAUAGUAAUGGACUCGUUUGCUUUACCUGUGGAGGGUACGGAGACCAGAGUGAAUGCUCAAGCACAGGCAUAUGAGUACAUGACUGCAUAUAUUGAGGCUGCUAAGCAGGUUGGCCGUCAUGAGAAUGCUAUUGGUUGGUACCACAGCCACCCUGGUUAUGGUUGCUGGCUGUCUGGCAUUGAUGUCUCCACACAGAUGCUGAACCAGAACUUCCAGGAACCAUUUGUAGCUAUUGUCAUUGAUCCCGUCAGAACCAUCUCAGCUGGCAAGGUCUGCCUGGGAGCUUUUAGGACCUACCCUAAGGGGUACAAACCAGCAAAUGAAGAACCCUCGGAGUAUCAGACAAUCCCUCUUAACAAGAUUGAGGACUUUGGAGUGCAUUGCAAGCAGUACUAUUCACUAGAAGUGUCCUACUUCAAGUCCUCACUUGACCGGAGGCUACUGGAUUCUCUUUGGAACAAGUAUUGGGUGAAUACGCUGAGCAGUUCCAGUCUGAUCACUAAUGCUGACUACACUACUGGACAGAUAUUUGACUUGUCGGACAAGCUGGAGCAAAGUGAAGUUUGCUUAGGCCGUGGAGGAUUCAUCGUAGCGGGCGCUGACCCCCAUGAAAAACGAACUGAAGAUAAACUCGGCAAGGCAACCAAGGAUGCCUGCAAGACUACCAUCGAGGUAAUCCACGGUCUUAUGGCGCAGAUGAUCAAGGACAGACUGUUCAACAGUGUCAGUGGACGACCUGCACCUGCCACACCCAUGAUUGAGUAAUGGUCAUGUAUUAGAGCUAAACAUGUAAAAAUUUAAGUCAAUAAAUGUAUCAGUGAUCUAUGUAUGAAGGGUGUUUAUGAAAUAAAACCAGCCAAUUUGAUUAUAUAAACAUUCUCAAAUAUUUAUUAACCAAUUUACAUAAAAUCAUUAUAAUCAUUAUGUACAUCUUUCACAUAGCUUUAGUUAUACACAAAAUCAUAAACAUCUCACAUUGUGGAGGGCCUUCUAUUUAUCAGAAUAUAGUAAAACGAAGCACCAAAUUGACGAUAUAUUCUUUUGCCAAGCUCUCUUUACAUAAUCAAAAAUAAAAUAUAUGCGUUCACGAUAAUUCCGUGAUCGCAAGAGAAUAUAAGAACUAUUAAGAGCACGUGCGUCUUCUAUAUUUCCAGUGACUUUCAAAUUAUAUCUAGAUUUACAUACUCCUACGAUAUUUCAUUAGAAUAUGCUGGUUAGUCGAUAACCUAAACAUAAAUAGGAUGAAAAUAAACAUAAUAACUAAUGUCUAAUGUUAAAAUGUCCGGCGACUGCCGUGACGCGUGUAAAAAUCUUAUAAUAAUCCAUAAUUGCGUAACUACGUGUUUGAUGAAGAUGUAUCAAUCAAUCAUUAUUUACAUCGUCGCAAAGUAUAAAACUCUUAACAAGGAACAGUUCUAUCGACUGACUGUUUAGCAUGUGAAGCGGCUCACGGGUUGCAUACAGUAACUAUGCUGUAGAAUUCUUAACAAAAUGCUGGUCUAAGUCCAAACUAGUGACAUCAAACACAGACUAUCUGAAAAUUAAAUUAUGGUUCAAAAUACAGUGACGAGCAAAAAAUCAAGGCACACAUAAUCUAUAAAUAAUCGAGUUCUAAAACAAUUUAUACAUACAGGAAUCUUUUCUAAACUUCAUACAUCAUGGCUUGCUAGGUGACUAGAUAUUUUGGCUCGCCAGUGUAUUUUAAAACAUUGACUACUUCUCCACAAGACCAUUAGUUUGGCUUGCGUACUAAAGUGGAUUAUCACACCGUAAUUACCUUAUUAGUGAUUCAUUUAUAUUUUAUUAAGUACAAUCCAUACAGCCCUCCAAUUCACAGGUUGCUUACUAUAAUCGUUUAUACACACAAUCUCAGUUAUGUACAGCAGGAGCGACACAACGGGUCUACUAGUACAUUAAUUUACAAUUUAUCAAUCAAGGGCAAAAUGUUUAAAAUUCGGGAAUGUUCACAACGGUUCGAUACCUCAACAUAUUACGACUUAAAAAUUAAUAGUAAUGACGUUUCUUACUUGUAUUGCAAUUUAGAUUUAAGAAGCAACUUCUUUGUUUUCUUUCCCGACAAUAAUUAUGAAAUAGUAAGUAGUUAACCACUGAUAUCAGUUGCUUUGAGAUUGCAAUAAUACUGACAAUGUGGCCAGAGAUGAUACAAAAUAAACUUGACCUCUGGGAUUUUAAGGAUCGCGUUCUCUGGUCACCCAACAAUAAAUCAACAAUCAAAAUGUAAUAGGGUCCUUGCGGCUUUAACUUUAAACACUACCUAACACGUGGAAUGUUUCACAAAUCUCAAUGCAGGUGAGCUAUAAAAGGAGCGGCAGAUCUCGACAGCGCGGUGUAGCGGGCUGAUACAGGUGGCCUGUGCUCAGUCUUCGUCGAGUCAACAAUUCGCCAUCAGUUAAAACUUAAGUUGGAAAACGGUCAUCGAUUGUUUCAACAUAAUUCCUAAAAUAAAUAUUGCUUUUGUCAGUGAAUAAAAUGAGCAAUUAAUGAACUAUAAAAUUUACAUGACUGGUGCAUUUCAAUAGUAAUAUAAAUAAUAAAUAAAUAUGUUUAUAAUGAGAUCUUAUCGGCUAUCCAGAUCACAAUGCAGUUUGUAAAGCUAGAUUAAUCUCAGAAUUUUAAAGAAAUUUGAAAUAAGUAGUUGAAAAAUGCAGACAGUUGUAGGCCCUGCACACACUGCACAUUAUAAUAAAAUACGAUAUUACACUAGGUACCCCGUAUUCGAGUAGAAACUCGACACUAGCAUAAAAUCCAUAUUAAGAUGAACAACCGAAUGUAAUUGCGCUUCUACACCGACUCAAUAUAACAAUAUGCAGUACCUUAAAUAUAAAUACUAGAAAAAGAGAAUGAUACAAGUAAUAACAAUAAAGAAACAUUUAGAAUUAGUACAAGAAACUUAAGUUACUGCAUAUUGUCUGAGCCAGAGUUAGGAAGGCUCUAGAGACUGCAUUUCAACUGCACACCAUUAACAAAUUUGUAGUUUGUUUGCAGUAAGUGCAACUGCAUACAAACAGACUGCACUCACCUGCAGUUGCUGUGCAAUUCUAGCACGAUCGACAUGCCUUGGACUGCGUAUUUUGCGAAUUGCAGAAGAAAUGCAACGGAUCUGCUCUAGAGCUCAAGAAUAUUACGUAUAGACAAACAAUCGAUGACCAUGGUGUAACUACCGAGUACGAGUAUAUAGGAGCGUGUGGCCAGCGGAGGCUAGCGCAGGCUAUAGACAGUAGCCGGGCGGGCUGGCCACUCGUCAGUUGAACAGGUCCGGAGGGAAGCUGUUCACUUCUGCCUGCUCUAACACCGGGACUCCGUCCACGUUGUACGAUACUCGUAUUCUUAGUCGAAGGGCGCUCUGAAAAC